GCCCGCUCUUUCUCCUGUCUCAGCCUCAUACUUCCUGCCAUCCAAAAGCCCUUCACCAUGUUAGGCAAGAACAGCAGCGCUCAGAGCGCCUGGAAACAUGUUCCCCGGGCCUGGGGCACUGGAGCCCAGCAAGUCACGCCGUCACCAACCGGUGCCAGCGGUUCCGUCAACUCCAUAGACCGCUGGCUCGCCGAGGCGAGCGUCUCCUCCCCCUACAACAACAUUGGCCAAGUCCAGAAGCUCAGUCAUGGCACCCCGAGCGCCACUUCACCGGCGCCUUCGACAAACCACGGCACCUCCGGCUCGGCCAGGGGCUAA